AUGUCUGCAUAUGUUGCAUUAUCAUGUUUAAUUGCAUUUGUUAUUGUUAUAACAGUAUGUCUUGUUAAACAAUUUAUAUGGGAUCCAUUAUUAUCUAAACGUUUUGAAAUUUUACGGCCAGUUUUAUCCGAAUCAGUUCGUAAAUUAUCAACAUCAUUUUAUCGUACACAAUCAAAUACAAUACCACAUACAUCUAUAAAUAAAUCUCUAUCACAAUCAAGUAUUAAACCAAAUGAACCACCAUUAUUAACAAAUAAAAAUUUUAUAACAGUAACACAAAAUUUGCCUUCAACUGAUAAUCAAAUAAAUAAAAAUUUACCUCGUCGUUCAUAUGGUUCAUCAUCAUUAAGUUCUUUUGCAUAUACAAAUUAUGCUUUAGAAGAUUUACAUGAUGAAAAAACUCCUAAUUAUCCAAUAUUACAUUUUAGUUGUGAAUAUAAUCCAUCAACAUUUAGUAUUAGAUUAAAUGUACAAAAUUUACGUAAUAUGAAUUCAUUAUUAUUAUCAUCAUUUAAUAAUAUAAUUAAUAAAAGUGCCUUUAUAUUUCUAAGAUUUGUUUUAUCAACAACAAUAACUGGUGAACCAUAUGAAACAUCAUCACAACAUUAUCAAGAUUUUAUACGUUUUGGUGAAACAUUUAAUAUAUUAAGUAAUAUUAGAUCGGGAGAUAUACUUAAUUGUCAAAUAAAAUUUUUUCUUAUGUUAGUAACAGAUAAAAAUAUGUAUGAAUUAGGUGAAGCUAAUUAUUCAAUGAAAGAUGAUCAAUUAACACAUAUUUUAUAUAUUGAACGAAUAUUACCAAUUCGUUUAGGAAAAAAAUUAAAAUCAGCAACAAGCGAAGAUAAUAAUUAA